AUGUCGUCGAAGAAAGACAAUCUGCAUCCGUUGGAGCAGCCCGGAGGCAGUACAAUUGGAACACAAUACUCUUCAACACCUCUGCCGCCUCUUCAUUUAGACAGAUGGAGCUCAUGGAAGCGUGAUGCGUAUUCGAUAUACUGGUCGUUAUCCCGUAAAGUUGAACGGUUUUGUGCUCGGAUGUGUGGUUCCUCCAGGAUGGAUGAAAGGGACGAUGCCGUUGCAGGUGUGCAUUCUUUUGAGGACCUUUCAAGUAUUGGGGCUUCGAAUGCCACGAAACGCGGCUCAUUACAGAAGACUGAGAAUAAUAUGGCCGUCGUUCACGAUGAACAAAGUGGAAACGCCAUCGUUGUCGAUAUGACGAAGCCUGUAGAGCCCGCCUUGCUGAAAGAAAAUAUGCCUGGUGUUCGUCGUAAGCAUCUUCCACCUCGUCUGUCCUUUGUAGCUUCGUCGAAACAAUUACCAAACGACGGGGUUAUUGUGCUGGAGGAUUGGAUCAAUCCUAUGCUAUCGCAGGCCACUCAGAUCCAGGUUCAGCGAGAGUUGUGCCAACAUGAUUCUUACGACUGUGAUGGUUACAUUUGUGUCUUCUUAUAUGAAAAACGAACCAAGGAUCCAUUGUCCGAACAUAGCCAACUGUCCAAAUCAAUUAUUGAGGUAGCUCGUGUUUCUGACCUGAAAAAGCACUUUCGCAUGCACUCGCCAAUGUGCUCGUACUCGAAACGUGUUUUUGAAGUAUUUCCUGAUUACGAAAAAUGCAAAGAAGUCUGCCGGUCCAGCUUUAAGAUUGCAAGACUCAUUGAAUUGGAGGUCCAAGAUGCAUACCAUUAUAUACCUCCCGCUUUUUGUGAAGCUUGUAACAUGUCGCACGAACAUUGGCUUGAAAUCGACAAUGGACAAUGGGAACAUAUUCGUGGAAUCAUACUGCGGUGGAUUGAAUAUUCCCGGGUAAUGUUCAGCUGA